AUGGUUGCGUUCAAACUUUUGCUCGCUGCUACAGUCAGCGGAAUUGUCACUGCGUGGCCUGAACCCACUGCCGUUGCAAAUCUCGACAAUCGUGCCAUCGACUGCUCCAAAUUGACAGGAUGCCUCGGCGUACUGAAGAAGAUUGGCCCACCAGCAAGCACUUUCUGCCGGUCGUACCUAAAAGUUCCGGGAACGAAAACAUCGACCACGACAAUCACACCCAUUGCCAUCUCGGUAUGCGGCGGCGGUUUGCAAAAGCGAGGAGAGAGCCACGACCUUGAGAACCCGAGUGUGGAAGACAUCGAGAAACGCACCAACGUCCUUCCUCUUCUCGCCGCUUUUGCUGCUGCGAAGAUCUCAGAGGGAUGUAGUUGUCUCAAUCUGAAGCCCACAGCUACACAGCUCGCCACGUUCACUGCUCCUGCAACGGUACUUUUCAUCUCGCGCUAA